AGCACAACGAAGCAUAGCAGAACAGAGCUCAGCUGACCUUCCUGUCAUCAUCCUUGACCCUAACCAACCGGUCACUCCGCACUCUGCCUCGCUUGGCUCGCUCGGCAUCCCUGGCCGCCUGCGUGUCGAUACGGCUCGACUCGCUUUGCUCGUUCCCUCCAUCGGUGGUGGCCUUGUUGACACCGGAUCGCUUGUCGAGAGGUGCGAGAAUGGCUACACUGCUCUCGCUGUUGGACCCAUGGCCACAUCUCCGCCUGUGGUCCAUGCUUUUAACCAGGAUCCACCGAGGUCGGCUCUCGCCUAUCCCAUCGCUGCGCUCGCGCCAAAGGUUGUCGGCAUGCUCUCGGUCGCCACGGGCAAGCUUGCCCAUCCUUGGCUUGGGAGUCCGUCGGAUCCCGAGACCCUCGACUUUCUUCUUCUCUUUGACUCGGUCCAUGAUCGCGCCCUUGUUGCAUGGACGCUGGAGCACUUUCAGCGUCGCGCCGCAGGGCUGGAGCUCCGCGACGACACCGUAGCCAUCGAUCCGGUCUCGAUCACCGAGCCCCUUGCGCCUGCCGCAUCACUCACAGUCGCGCCGUAUCACGCUUUCUAUGAUGCUACAGGCCCGGAUCUUCUCUCAAAGCAGCCGAGUCUGUCGGCUGCCUCGCCUGCGCCCGCAACGCCGCCCGAGACCGGCAGUCCGCUGGUCCCGCAUGCCUCGACGUCUCAGAGUCUACAUCUCCCGCGAGGCACCGGAAAGCGGGUGCGUUUUGCUGCCGAUAAUGCCUCGCUGCGCGCAGAUGGCCCUCGCUCGGCCUCGGUGGUGGCGCUGACGCAGCGGCUUGAUGCCGAGCGUCGUGCCACCCAGUCCAUUCUCGAAGACAUAUUCGCCUCGUUGGAGCAGCACGGCCGCGAUCUGGAGGACACACCCCCGCCAUCGCCGCAGUCAGAGUCGCAGGCAUCGUCCUCGCCACCAGCCUCUCCGUCUUCGCCUCUCCCGCCGCCAUCGUCGCCAUCUGAGACGGCUCAACCGCGUGAACCAGCCCCGCUUUUCCCGCCGCGCCAACAACAGCCCGAGCCCGAGCCCGAGCCUCUGCGCCUCUCCGAGCUUGGUCCGACGCCCGACACUGCUGCCGCCGCUGAGGCGACCCGUGUCGCUGUCGCCAACCUCGACUCGCGUGCCGCGCGCCUCAUAUACGACAUCCGCGCGCUUGCCGACGCCCAUACCGUCACCCAGCAGCCGCCUAUCGCUACCGCCCCGCCACUCGCCAGCGCUCACGGCGCCACGUAA